UACCGUGGGAGAGUUUACUAACCAUUUCCAUUUGUGUAUUAUUUCACACUCGAGUUAAUUCGACUGACUGCUUUAUUAGAGGUUGCCCAGACUCGUAAUCUCCUGGCUAGUUCUCUCUUAUCGCCUAUUUUGGAUCUCGCAUUAAUUUAUUCUACUAUUCGUUCUAUUUCGUGCGUUCGACGGACACGAAAAUAUCCUCCGUCCGUAACGGACGCGCCCGCGGAGCAGACAAGGGUGGUCGUAAAAAUCGUCUCGUCGAACCGCGACUCGUUUCAAUAAUUGCGUAAUCGUUGCGCGGCGCGACGAUACGAUCGCGUUGAAAAUUCGAUUCAAUUCAAUUGAAUAUCCGGCAAAAUAGCCGAGAUGACGAGGCCGGUGUAUCGGAUAUAUAUAUAUAUUGUUUUCAAUGAAUCGAAGAAGAAUCGUGUGAAAUUCCGGAGUUCGCAACGGUGUUUCUAAUUCUGUUAAUGGUCGAGUUUUACGACGCUACGCGAAAUCGAUACUCUGAAACAAACGUUCAUUACCAAAAAACGGGAUCGGAUAGAAAAAACCGUAAUGAUGACGGAGGGUGUAACAGCCGUAACGAAUUGUUGGGUCAACCGUGGAACGUCCAAUUACACAGAGUCCGAAUUUCAGAUACGAUGACAAGAAGCGGAUUGAAAAAUUAUUAUAAAAUAUCGUAGGACUGAAAAAAAUAACGAACAACUACGUGAAAUAAAGUCGAACGCGUGAGCUGGGGCACUGGCAUUUGAAUAAAAUUGCAGUAACAUGUGGGUCAGUCGUUUCAUACAUCAGAAGCCACGGUAAUUGGGGUUGGGAAAGUAGAGGGGAUAAAAAAUGUGAAAAGUUAUAUCGAUAUUAUCCAGGGUUCGCUGGACAAUAUUCCGCUACGGUAGGCGUCGACACCUCGUCAAGAGAUAUUCGAUCCACCCACACCGUGUUUGCGACGAAACACCAACCACCACCCACCGCCCCGCGUUCCGCGUACUUUCACCGCAACAAAAUUCGCGGGAUGAUAGAAAUACGAGGGAAAAACGCGACAUUUCUCCGACGAAACACGGUCGCCGUUUCUAACGAUCGAAGUAUCGUUCCUCCCCGUUGAAUUUCGUCGUCCAAUUACUUCGCGCGGCCACACGGCAUUCCUUCUCGCGCGCGAUAAUUUCGUUUCUUGUUCGUGGGAUCGAAAUCGAAGAAAUAUAUAUUAACGAGGGAAAAUGACGUGCGAGGGGUCCGGACACCUCGGCCUUAUUUCGACGGGGAGAGAGAGAGAGAGUCGAUAUCGGAAUUGGCAAAAGUUGUUCCGUAAAAAUUAGAAACUUGUACCUACGAUCAAAAAUCUUUGUCAAUUACUCGUCAUGUAUGUCCCCGGUGGAUAACAACUCCACCACCGGCUAUUACGAUAUCCUGUCCAUCCGGAUUAUUACAGUUCUUGCCGCAGAAACUCCGACGAUAAUUUUCACAGACUGUCUAUUUUCUCGUCAACUGAAGCGUGCAACUCGUCGUACCGUUCGCUUGUUUGUUGGUAUCGUCCGACCGCCCCGAACUGGCCAGUUUCUUCGCGUCCUGCACUAACUGCGGAUCUGUUUCACAUGCUGGAUCUGAAAUAAUAAAUCCGAUUCGAGCGGUUCGAUCACCUGCAGCGCGGGAUCGCUCCACAUUUUUCCUGAUUAGUUUCAAUUACUCUAGUCUCCGUACGUGGCCCUCGACUUCUCGCGGUCGUUGACCUUUCCUCGAUUCGGUAUCCGAUGACCGCCGUCCACCUGUGCAACGUGAAAAUUUCAAGGGAAGAAAAAUCCAAGUGAGUGUGAAGUUCGAGCGUUGUCUUGCCGCGAUAAACGAUGAAAUUCACUGUGAAAAAUUAGUUUUUUUGUUAAGCCAGAGAUAUUUCGCUGACAAAACAAAAAAAAUAUGAAGAUAAGAGUGACAUUUUUGUUUCUACUGUGCACCAGCUCAGCUGUGAAUACUUCCGGUACCCUCGAUACCCACCGCGCGUCGCCCGAUAACUUUAUGAAGAGUGAGAAUUUUUACGAUACCGAUUCAAAACCCAAACACAGAGUGUUCGAAUACUCGAAUAGAAUGGAGACGGAUUCCCACGACGAGGUUCGAGGUCAAUCGAUCAUAUCGUUCAAACGAUCCGGCCGAGUCUUCGCCGGAGGUCUCGCGAAUAUUUUCGACAGAAGUCUCGGGCGAAAAUCCCAAAGAGAAAUUCAAGAUUUAGCUAUAGUCAGAUUCAAUUCCAAACAACCCUCGAGGAUCCUUGACGUCGGAUCGUUGGGCACCAGAGAGAAAGUACUUUCGCGGAAAAAGAAGGACAAAAUGACGCAGUUUAUGCUGCCACUGUUGGUGGCGUACAAAUUGAAAUUCGCAGCGUUGAUUCCGGUACUCCUCGGCGGUAUGUCCUUACUGGCCUCGACGACAGCUUUGGCGGGAUUUUUUUUCGCCUUGUUCGCAGCCGUCCUAGGACUGAAAACUCACUAAAGAUCGUCUGCACCUGUCGCAGGGUAGUUGAACUUUGUCAUACCAAAGGGAUAUAAUUCACUCGAAGAGGACGAGAAAUGUGAAAGAAAAAAAAUUGGAAAGUAUUCGUUCGAUGCAUGCAUUUUACUUCUCCAAACUCGGCUAUAGAAUGUUGUAAAAAAGUGUCGACUCGGCUGAGCCAUAACGAAAAUCGAUUGAAUUUCACCAAAAUAUUGAAGAUGAAUAACAAUACAUUUAUUUUCCAGUUCACAUUACAGAUAAACGAGGUUUUUCUAUUUUUCUCUGUUAUGCUGUUGCUCUCGUAUGUAAUAUAUCGUCUUAUUUAUUAUUUUAUCCAUCGCAUAUAGUUUGAUAUAAUUUAUUUAUUACUAUACGAAACACCCCGAGAAUAAAUAAAUUACCGACACGUGUACAAUUGUUCCUCUUAAAAACUUUGAUAUACGAUAUACAUACAUAUGUAGUGAAAUGUGUAAAUUGAUAAGCUGUCAAAUUAUUAGUCUAAAUUACUCAGU